CAGAUAGCACUGCAGACAGCUCGCGUCGUGAUCAGCAAUUGGUAACGGCAGUCUAUAACUUCGUCGUCAGCUGACUGGUAGCCAUGCAGCGGCUAAAUCAGCUGUUUGUGUUUGUUUGUGUGUUAGUGAUUGUGUACGUGGUGGCGGCUGCGGCUAAUGAAGCGCUUAUCGUACAAACCGCCCAAGGCAAGUUGAGGGGAACAACCGUUCGCUCGUGGACCGGCAAAACCAUAAUUUCUUUUAUAGGAGUUCGCUUUGCAGAACCACCUGUGGGACAAAAUAGAUUUAAGGAUCCAGUUCCAGUAAAGCCAUGGAGUGGGGUGCGCAAUGCUACCGAAGACAAUCCGCUGUGUCCUCAACCUGCCCCUAGGGACCGUAUCACUUCAGAGGACUGCCUCUUCCUCAAUGUUCACACAAAGUCUCUUACAGGCAAAAAACCUGUGAUCAUCUUCUUCCAUGCAGGGGGUUUUUUGUCAGGAUCAGGCAACAAUGUCUGGACAGGACCUCAGUACUUCCUGGACCAGGAUAUUGUCCUUGUCACCGGCAACUAUAGACUUGGACCCCUCGGUUUUAUAAGCACGGGGGAUUCAGUGAUACCUGGGAACUACGGACUCAAAGACCAGCUGGAAAUCAUGAAGUGGGUCAAGCAGAACAUCGGUGCCUUCGGAGGAGAUCCGGAAUGUGUAACUCUGUUCGGCUACAGUGCUGGAGCUGCCAGUGUACAGAUGCAUAUGGUUUCCCCUCUGUCUAGAGGGUUGUUCCAUAGAGCCAUCGCAUCCAGCUACAGCGCUACUUCGCCGGCAGCACUCAUCAGAGACCCAGCCAGCCUGUCUCGCAGGUAUGCCAACCUCCUCAACUGUUCCACCGAAACUUCCCACCAGAUCAGGGAGUGUCUCUUGCAGAAGUCUGUAGCAGACCUGUUGGCAGCAGCAAAUGGAAUUUGGGACACCCUGCAGCCCCCGUUCUCACUGUUCGCUCCAGUGGUAGAGAAGCAGGGCGGGGAGGAAAGGUUCCUGAGGGAUGACCCGGUGAAGUUAUUCCAGUCCGGGCAGUUUGCUCAAGUCCCUCUGAUCACUGGAACCACUAGAGACGAAUUCAACUGGAGAGCCCAAUUCCUUCUGACAAACUCUACGUAUGUCAAUCGCAUAAACAACGAGUUCGAUGAGAUCGGACCGUGGGAGUUCCACUACCCUCGAGAGCCUCGGAGAGUCUCCAAGAGAAUCAGCGCUGCUUUGAAACGGUUUUACUUCAACAACCAGCCAGUGAGCAACAGCACUGAAGAACAGCUCGGAUGGUUGUAUGCUGACUCUCGAGUCAUCUUCUCCGUGUACCAAGCGGCCAAACUGAUCGCGGAACAAAGCUCUGCUCCAGUUUACUACUACAAGUUUGACUUUGAGGGGAGGUACAGCUACCGAUACCGCCUCGGCACUCAAAUUCCGUACGGAGUUGGACAUCAUGAUGACUUGAUAUAUUUGUUCUACAUCUCACCUCGCUUCCCGCUCUUCAACCAGACUGACCCAGAGGCUUACAUGGUCCGCACGCUAACUUCUACCUACGCAAACUUUGCAAAGACCGGAGUUCCAACACUUCCAGACUCCAACACGGAAUGGAGCAAAAUGACCAAGAACCAUCUCCGACACCUGAACAUCGCCAAACCACCGACGAUGAAGGAGGGACUCCCCUACCCUGACCGCAUGUACGUCUGGGAAACUCAGCUGCCUCUGGGUGGUCCGUAUAGGCAGAUAUAUUAUUAAGAUAAUAAAUAAACCUUUUAUAUUUUUC